AUGUCUCCCAGGAACUCGGGCGACCUCGAAGCCAUCGGCGUCGACAAGAGUCAUGUCGACAACGUCGAGAUUGUGGCCAAUGCCGACAAGCCCAAUCCUCGCAAGGAGGCACCGGCCUAUGUUGCCAGUCUGUCGCCGGAGGAGCGAGAGAGGGCUGAGAAGGCCCUCGUCCGCAAGAUUGAUUUCCGUCUGCUGCCCAUGAUCAUCAUCAUGUAUAUCCUCAAUUACCUGGAUCGCAACAAUAUCGCCGCGGCGAGGUUGGCUGGUCUUCCGCAGGAUUUGAAUCUGCAGGGGAAUCAAUACGCGACUUGUGUCAGUAUCUUGUUCGUCGGUUACCUGCUGAUGCAGAUCCCGUCCAACCUGCUUCUGAACAAAUUCGGCAAGCCCGCUAUCUACCUUCCCUGUGCCAUGAUGCUCUGGGGCGUCAUCUCCACCUGCACCGCUGCCGCAGAGAACUUUGCCGGUCUGGUGGUGACCCGAUUCUUCCUCGGUUUCGUCGAGGCCGCCUACUUUCCCGGUUGCUUGUACUUCCUUAGUGCGUGGUACACGCGCAAGGAACUCGGUUUCCGCACUGCCGCUCUAUACUCGGGCUCCUUGAUCUCGGGCGCUUUCUCCGGUCUGAUCGCGGCGGGUAUCACCGGUGGCAUGGACGGCGUCAAGGGACUUCGGGCCUGGCGCUGGCUUUUCAUCAUCGAAGGUGCCAUCACCAUUGUCGUCGCUUUCAUCUCCAUCUGGGUCCUGCCCAACUUCCCUCGCACCACCCCCUGGCUCUCGGACGAGGAGAAGGAACUGGCUGCCUGGCGACUGGAAGAGGAUAUCGGUGAAGACGACUGGAUUGACAGCGAGCAGCAGUCGUUCCUGCACGGCGCCAAGCUAGCCGUUAUGGACAUCAAGACGUGGAUUCUGAUGCUCAUGAUCCUCUGCAUUGUCUCCUCGGCCUCCGUCACAAACUUUUUCCCAACAGUUGUUGAAACCCUCAACUUCAACGACAUCGACACCCUCCUUCUCACCGCACCGCCCUACUGUCUCGCCGUGGUGAGCGCCUUCGCUAACGCAUGGCAUGCUGACCGAACGGGCGAGCGCUACUGGCACGUCACCCUGCCGCUGUACCUCUCCGUCGUGGCCUUCAUCAUCGCUGCGACUACCACCAGCGUCGCGCCCCGCUAUGUCUCCAUGAUGCUCAUGGUCCCGUCGUUCUACGCCGGCUACGUCGUCGCUCUGGGCUGGAUCUCGAACACUCUGCCCCGUCCCGCUGCGAAGCGUGCUGCUGCGCUGGCGGCUAUCAAUUGCGUUAGCAACGCAAGCAGUAUCUAUGCUAGUUACAUGUAUCCUGAUAGCGAUGCUCCGCGGUUCGUGCCUGCCAUGUCCGUCAACUGUGCUACCGCCGUCAUCGCCAUCCUCAGCGCUACAGUCCUCCGCUUCAUUCUGGUCCGCCUGAACAAGAAGCUUGACCGCGGCGAGUCCGUUGAGGGUGCUGUUAGCGGUGGUGUUCCGGGCGAGGCGAGCCACCGUGGCUUCCGCUUCCUGGUUUAA